AUGGAUUCGUUGAAUUUAACAUAUACAAUUGCAUGUAAUGCAUCACCACCUGGAACAAUCUAUAUGCAUUCAGCACCACCUAUUCCACCAUCAUAUUUAAAAGCAACAGCUGUUUUUGUUUAUACUCUAUUGAGUAUUCUUACUGUUGGUGGAAAUGCACUUGUAUGUCUUAUUGUAUUUCACUUUAUGGGUGUAGUUACAGUGACAAAUUUAUUUAUUGCUAAUUUAGCUGUAACAGAUCUAUUGAUCGGUCUUUUUUGUAUUCCAAUUGUACUUAUAUCAGAUUAUCUUUUAUCAGAUUGGCCAUUUGGAACAUUUAUGUGUAAAUUUACAUCAUUUGCACAAUCUGUUUUUGUUGUAUGUACAGUUUAUACAUUAAUAGCAAUGUCAGUUGAUCGUUAUAUAGCUAUAAUACAUCCAUUAAAUCAAAAAUUAACAAGAAAACAAUGUCGAAUAUUAAUUGGUUUACUUUGGACAUUUGCAUUAGUAUUUAGUUCACCAAUAUUUAUUGAUAUGCAUAUACGUCAUACUUGUUUUCAUCGUGAUUCGAAUAAUGAAACAGAAUAUACCCAAACAUUAUGUGAAACAAUUGGUCUUCCACCAAAAUUACAAACAGCUUAUAAUGUUGCAACGAUAACUAUUAUUUAUUUAAUUCCAUUAUGUGUUUUAACAAUAAUUUAUAUACGUCUGGGAUGGCAAUUACAUCAAACACGUGCACCUGGUGAAGCACAUUCAGAACGUGAUGCUAAAAUAAAAAAAUCGAAAAAAAAAGUUAUUAAAAUGUGUUUUGUUGUUGUUAUUAUGUUUGGUGUUUGUUGGUUUCCAAUGCAAUUAUAUACAAAUAUAUUACAUUCAUAUUUGGAUGCAAUCUUUCAUCAAGAAUAUGUUCCACAUGUUUAUUUUGCUUUUCAUCUUAUGGCUAUGAGUAAUUCAUGUGUUAAUCCAGCUAUUUAUGGUGUUAUGUCUUCGAAUUUUCGCGCAGGUUAUAUACAUUAUUGGCAUUGGUUAAUAACAUGUUGUGGUUUAUCAAAUACACGUUUUGAUAUUAAACCGGAUCGAAGAGAAGAUAUUAAAAGGGAAACAACAUUCCAAAUUCAUCAUAAAUCAUAUGAAUUAACUGUAAAACCUCCUAUUGAUUUUGAUCGAUCAAGUAAUACAUCGAUACCAUGUUCACUACCAUUGAUAUCAUCUCAAAGAGUAUCAGCAAACGAGUAA